AUAGUACAUGUAUUUUGUUUUGCAGGAUGUCCAGAAACUCCAAGGAUGAACCAGUCAAAAAACCUCAAGGUGACGUCAAGAAGGUCAGUAAGAAGCUGUACCAGUUGGAGGAGGUUCUGCAGUUGACCCCCGGCAGGUUUGAGUGUGCUAUCCCAGAAGCACCUCUGAUCCCCAAGUUCUGUGAGCAAGUGGGGAUGUACAUGGGCGCCAUGCUCAACAGCUACGGAGGCAUCGUGAGGUGGGGAGUCAGCCGCACUGGUCUUGCGAAAGUGAAGGUGAUCGGGACCCACUGUGACCGUAAGCUGGAGGACGAGUACAAGGUCGCGCUGGACUGUGUCGCUAAGGGCUUCAGUCCGCGCAUCGACCCCAGUCUCUACAGACUUGACUUUGUGGAGAUCCUGCGUAAGUCGACCAAUCAGCCGUUCCGAGAGAUCCGGGUGAUCGAGUUACGUGUGCAGGCGGGACAGGAGCUGCUGUAUAUGGACCAGGAACAAAAGGUGAGAGUUGUAAACGGCAGUCAGGUGUACGGACCUCUCAUCCCACAGGAGAUCAAACGGCUGGUGCUCAAGAAGUACAGAAAGGAGCUCCUAGACUCCCAGAGUCUGCUGGAGGUGAUCACCCCCCUGGUGGGACGCCCCCUCCCUGGUGCCAUCACCCCCAUGCCGGACAGACCCCCCUGUGGUGUCAGUGUGGUCACACAGACCUCACCUGCGCUUUGCCAUGGCAACCGGGUAAACAACGUCACUGUACAGGUAACCCCCAUGCAUACCCAUGUCAAUAAAAGCAGUGUGGCAUGUCCUGGAACCCCCAUGCCCACCCUCGUCACUGCCAGCAAGGUGCAUUCAGCAACCCCCAUGCAGACCCACCCCAGCAAGAGCAACGUCUGCUCCAUAACCCCCAUGCACGCCCUCGUUGGCACCAGUAAGGUGUCCUCCCCCAUAGAGACCCCCAAACAGAAUCUCCAGACUGCCUUGGAUAUGUCAUUAUGCACUCCUUACGUAGGGAAGGAGGCUUCUAACAGUCUUACAGGUUGUGAUUCUGAAUCUGAGGAACCCAAACAGAACCUGCAGCAUGUCUUGGAGACUUCAGCCAGCACACCUGUCGGAAACCGCUCAGUCAACAGAACAGGAGAUACAGAGAGCAGUGAGAAUGCUGCUGAGAAGCCUUUGGUGGAAACAGAGGCACAAACCUCUUCCAAACUGCCGAUGGAACAAGAAAACCUUGCCACAGAAGGUCGAGAUGGUCCUCAAGACACACUUCAGGUUCAAGGUGAAGAUGUUGGAACAGGUAAGAAAGUGUCUGAAGGUCAAGGCGUACCUGAAGAUGCUGCAAAGGGCGUGGAGAUUUCUUCAGUCAAACCGAAGGAAGGAAACAACGUCUCAACUCGAAGGGAUUCGAUCGGCACCUUUGCUCACAAGCUCCUUGAAGAGUCUUUAGAUGCCAAGAAGGAUCCUAAGGAGAACUCAGAGGCUAAAGAAAAUGAAAGUCCUGCUGCCAGUAAGGAGCCAGAAAGUGCAAGUGGUAGCAGCAAGACGUCACUAGCAGACAGGGUCAGGACAUUCUUGAAAGACGUGAAGCAGAAAAUAACACGAACCAAGGAGAACAACAACUCAAAGGAAGAUUCUGUGGAGAAUGCUGGAAGCAAGAAGCUAAAGGCGGAAGGAAGCAUAAAAGUAAAAGUGGAUAAUAAGAAGGAAGACAAAAGUGAAAAGAAAAGGAAGCAGCCUCAUGAGCAGCCAGCCUCAAGGAACCAGCAGAGAAAACGGUCACGGUGGGACAACCCACAAAACAACAUGUUGUACAACCAGCAAGAAAACUACCACCAACAGUCGUACAACACUGUAAACAGUCAACAAUCCUAUAGCCACUUACUCAAGGCUGCGUUCCCUUCCAGCCAGGAACAACCUUACAGUUACAACCAGUCUUACUCGGGGAUGUACCAAGCAUCUGUGGCCGGGCGGUUUGACGACAACCCACAGGGCAGGUAUUACUCCAACACGAAUGGUUUGGACACACAGGGCAGGUAUUACUCCCAGAUGAAUGGUGUACAAUCACAGGACUGGUAUUCUGCGAACAUGAGUGUGGGAGAUUGGCACCAUUUCUACCGUCUUCGCCAGCAAGAAGCUAUCAGAGAGGCCUGGAGAAGCUCUUACUAUUAACUUUAGCCUU